UGGAAGAAGGAGGUGUAGCAGGACAAGGUUCCCACUUCCAACAGUCACUGAGUCGCUUUGAUGGCGAUUCAUCUGCUCAGAGCGAAAAUGUUUGACUCAUCAGACACUCUUCCCCUUCAGAUGAAAGCAGUGCGAGGAGCGUGAGGAGACAGAAGAAGAUGUGCUGCUGCUGCUGGGUUUCAGUUCAUCCAGUCAAGAAGUCACAGAGCUGCUUUAGGAGGACAUCUUUGCUUUUUAAGAGGAAUAUGUUUCUGAGCACUUUUGUCAAGCUCAACUUGCUAACUGGGCCAAUGAUGUUAUGAGCGGGCUUGAAGACGACUAUUUGGAGCAAGGAGAAACAGUGCCAACCAAGGAUGUCGGACGCCAUUUGAACAGUAGGAACUGUCAUCAAAGACAAAAUAAAGUUUGACAGAAGAUGAAGUUUGGAAGCAGUCUGUGCACUCUCAACGUUGGCGGCCGCAGGUUUUCUUUCUCGGUGGAGCUGAUGAAGCACCUCCCGCUGAGCAGACUGAGCCGCCUUUACCGCUGUGUGUCGGAGAGCGAGUUGUUGGAGCUCUGCGACGACUACGACCGUGACAGAAACGAGUUUUUCUUCGACCGGCAUUCUGAGGCGUUCAGCUUCAUUAUGCUGUACCUGCAACAUGGCAAGUUGCGCUUUGUGCCGCACAUGUGUGAGUUGUCCUUCUACAACGAGAUGCUCUACUGGGGCCUUGAGAGUGCAGACCUUCAAGUGUGCUGCCAGCGGCGGCUGGACGAACGUCUGUCAGACUGCUUUGUUCACUUCUUCCCCGAAGAGGAGCCACAGGGCCCUGAAGAGCCUCGGGAUCGCUGGCUGGAGAGGAUGAGGAGGACGUUUGAGGAGCCCACGUCCUCCUUGGCGGCACAAAUCCUGGCCUUUGUGUCUGUGGUGUUUGUCCUCAUUUCUAUGGUGAUGCUGUGUGCAAGCACCUUACCAGAGUGGAAGGCUGCUGAGACACUGGAUGAACACAGGAUCAUCGAGGCGGUGUGUAUCGGUUGGUUCACCGCUGAGUGUAUUGUCCGUUUCAUCGUGUCCCGGGACAAAUGUGAGUUUGUGCGCCGACCACUAAACAUCAUCGACCUGCUGGCCAUCACUCCUUAUUAUGUCUCUGUGACUGUGACACACCUGACGGGCGAGAACUCUCAGCUCCAGCGGGCCGGCGUGACGCUGCGCGUGCUACGCAUCAUGAGGAUCUUCUGGGUGAUCAAGCUAGCGCGUCACUUCCUCGGCCUGCAAACCCUCGGCCUGACGCUGCGUCGUUGCUAUCGCGAGAUGGUCAUGCUUCUCGUAUUCAUCUUUGUGGCCAUGGCCAUUUUUAGUGCGUUGGCCCAACUUCUAGAAGGAGGCAAUCAGGACUACACCAGUAUCCCCGCUGCCAGCUGGUGGGUCAUCAUCUCCAUGACGACAGUGGGCUAUGGAGACAUGUACCCGGUGACUGUGGCAGGUCGCAUGCUGGGCGGGGUGUGUGUGGUGAGUGGAAUCGUGCUUCUAGCGCUGCCAAUCACCUUCAUCUACCAUAGCUUUGUGCAGUGCUACCAUGAGCUGAAGGUGCGCUCAGCCAGGUGCAUCCGCAGUUUGUCAACGGACUUCAUUGACUGAAGGACACGUUCACAAGCACCACCCCCAACAUGAAGUAUGAAUUUUGACUUGGGGCAUCUGGACAUGCGACAGGUAAAAAAAUUGGCUAUCAAAAUGGUUUUGGAUUGAAGUCAGAUCUGUAAGGAUUUUUUAAUAUUUAUUUAGUUCAGAAGUCUUCAACAGAGGGACUGUGACCCCCAAGGGGUCCGCAGAGGUAAUGCAGGAAGCUUGUGAAAUUUUUGGUGGGUUAGUCGUUUUUUCAAUAGUUUUUUAUUAUAGUCCCUCCGCAAUUUUUCCACAAAGUGAAAUGUUUUCAAAUACACAUGAAAUAUACAUUUGUAGAGUAGUUUAGAAACAGCAUGAAUAAAUACAGUGGAACCUUGAUUUACAAACGUCUCUAUGUUUACGAACCUUUACAUCAAAUAUGCCUCUGUGUGCGAACCUUGUCUCGACGUACGAACGCUUCAUUCAUUCACUUUUCAAAUUUUAUUGUAAUCAGACAAUAUUUUCGGUUUAUUAGAUGGAAUUUUUAUCUGACAUGUUUUCAUACUUGUUGGUCACAAUCAAACAUUCAUGAAGUUUGGUUCUUUUGUGAAUUUAUUAUGAGUCUACUGAAAAUGUGACCAAAUCUGCAGGGUCAAAAGUAUACAUACAGCAAUGUUAAUAUUUGGUUACAUGUCCCUUGGCAAGUUUCACUGCAAUAAGGCACUUUUGGUAGCCAUCCACAAGUUUCUGGCAAGCUUCUGGUUGAGUUUUUGACCACUCCUCUUGACAAAAUUGGUGCAGUUCAGUUAAAUUUGUUGGUUUUCUGACAUGGACUUGUUUCUUCAGCAUUGUCCACACGUUUAGGUCAGGACUUUGGGAAGGCCAUUCUAAAACCUAAAUUCUAGCCUGA